UCUUUCACUCCCGUUUGAUCUUCACCCUUACAUACCUAGGGAAGGUGCAGAUGGCCGUAGCGUCGGAUACCUGCAUUUCGAACGUGUCACUUCUCUGCUUCCCUGUUUGUCUCAUGUCAUAAAAGACAUUCCCCCCGCCCGCUCUCUCUCACUGGGAAACCUCGCACCUCUCGUUCAUCUCAGACACCAUGCCAGGCCAAUACCGGAGCCCCGCCAACCUCAGAUGGCUCGAGAACCGCCGCGACAACCAUCGCCGGCCAAGCUCCUUACGCCCCCUCCGACCCAGCCCCCCACCGAUGCCGCCCCGCCAACCCGUCGCCCGCGACCGCCUAGCCUGGAUCACCGACACGCUGGAAACCAGCAACCUCUCCGGCGAACACCGCGGGUACAUCACCGAAUACCUGCGGCGACUGGAGGACACGGCGCACACUUCUGAGGGCCUGGAGAUUCAGCUUCGCGCUUCGGCGCAGCGGCUUGAGGAGGCUGACGCCAUCGUCUCGCGGGGUCGCGAUCGCCUUAGGGCCAAGGAUGAUGCGGUUGCGGGUUUGCAAGUUAGGAUUGAGAGGAAGGCGGCGGACCUUGUUACUGUUGAGGGAGAGCGGGAUGCUCUCAAGGCCAAGAUUGACGAGAUGGCUGAUCUUCCUGCCAAACUUGAGACGGCGAAAAAGGGCUUUCUGGGCAUUGAACGGCAGCUUCGCGAGUUCAAGUCUGCGGCUGAGGAAGAGAGUCUCGUCAUGCGCGGGCUGAUGCAGUGCGGCACGAAGAGGAUGCAAGAACAGCGAGAGGAGAUCGAGGCGCUCACCGAGCAGAAUGAAGCGCUUGCGGCUACGCUGGAUGAGAAGCACAGCAGCGUCACGGAUCUCAACGACAAGCUCGUUAGAUUCUCUAUGGCCUCGACUGAGGAGCAGGUGGCGAUCGCAAUGGAAGCACAAGCUCAGCGCACCCUGCCUCUGGUUGAGGGAUUGAAAGAAGAGAUCGCCAUACGCGAUACUGCGCUCAAGGCCGCGGAGAUGGAGAAGAAUCGGCUUUUCGCAGCGAACCAGUCUUACAAGGUGGAGAUUGAGCGUUUGAAGUCUGGGGCGAGGACUUCAGGGCUGGCGGUCGGUGCCGCUGUGAGGCGUGAUUCUGGAGCACAGGUGAGUGGCUCAUGUGUGAGACUGAUGACGAGCAGGAAGAAGCUUACAAUGUCUCGAUGUGCUGCUCGAUAGCUCUGAGGAGGUUUCUUUUUUUUCACUGUGGACUGGAAAGUGUUACGGAUUGGUCAUCGGCGGUGUCCUGGUUCAGAGGGGUGGGAGUCUUUGUAUUUGUUGGAUAGAACUAGUCCUGCUUGUGCGACUUUUCUCUCUGUCACGUGUCUCGUCCAAGUGAAGUGAUGUUACGACCGCUCUGCAGUGAGCACUCCACGUCGUUCUACCCGUGAGA